UGUGAAGGGGCCAGACUCUUGAACCAGGUAAGGGAAGCAGGUGCGUAGAUCUGCUUUUUGUGGGUUAGUGUACUCGGCCCUUCGGUGGAAAGGGGGUGCCGCCUCUCCCGGGGGCAGGCUUGAAGGCUCCAGAGGCUAUCUUUUCCUCCUCAACUAACGGGGCCCCGGGCGGGGGCUCAAGCUCCAUCUCCAACGACUGUGCUCCACUCCGCAAUUUCCAGGCGGCCACUGGGCUGGGAGUCUCGCGCCGGGGGCCGGCGCUGUCUCGCGAGCCCCCUCCUCGAGCCAGCCAAUGGGGUUGGUUGCUGGCGCCGCCCGCCCGCCUGCUGCAGAGCGCUGGGCGCUGUGAGCGGCGCUGCCAUUUAAAGGGGCCGCGACCCCUGUCCCGGCUGCUAGGGAGGGAGGUGGAGAAGGAGCGCGGGGCCGUCGCUGUCUGCAGUUCUAGGCUUGUAGCCGUUACACUAACCCUGCCUCAGCCCAUAUCCAGUCAUCCUCAUGGACCCCAGUGAUUUCCCCAGUCCGUUUGACCCAUUGGCCCUGCCAGAGAAGCCCCUGGCUGGAGACCUUCCAGUAGACAUGGAAUUUGGAGAGGAUCUACUGGAAUCCCAGACUGCCCCAACUCGAGGAUGGGCCCCCCCUGGCCCUUCUCCAUCCUCAGGAGCCCUGGACCUGCUUGAUACUCCUGCUGGCCUGGAGAAAGACCCUGGAGUCCUGGAUGGAGCCACUGAGCUGCUGGGGCUGGGGGGGCUGCUCUAUAAAGCCCCCUCCCCCCCAGAGGUGGACCAUGGUCCUGAGGGGACCCUUGCAUGGGAUACAGGCGAUCAGACCCUAGAACCUGGACCAGGGGGCCAGACCCCUGAGGUGGUGCCACCUGACCCAGGGGCUGGGGCAAAUCCCUCUUCACCAGAGGGGUUACUAGAGCCUUUGGCCCCAGAUUCUCCAAUAACCUUGCAGUCCCCACAUAUUGAAGAGGAAGAGACCACCUCCGUAGCUACAGGGAGAAGGGGCUCCCCUGGGCAGGAGGAGGAGCUUCCCCAAGGGCAGCCACAGAGCCCAAAUGGCCCCCCCAGCCCUUCACUGGGAGAGGCUUUGGGGGAUGGAAUGAACAGUUCUCAGACCAAACCUGGGGGUCCUAGCCCCCCUGCACACCCUUCCUUGCCAGGAGAUGGCCUGACUGGGAAGGCGAGUGAGAAGCCGCCUGAAAGGGUACAGAAGAGAAGCGAGCGCGUUAGAAGAGUAGAGCCUCCAAAACCUGAGGUUGUGGAUUCCACUGAGAGCAUUCCAGUGUCAGAUGAGGAUUCUGAUGCCAUGGUAGAUGACCCCAACGAUGAGGACUUUGUGCCAUUCCGACCCCGGCGCUCUCCUCGCAUGUCCCUACGCUCAAGUGUGGCACAAAGGGCUGGGCGCUCUUCGGUAGGCACCAAGAUGACUUGUGCACAUUGCCGGACACCACUGCAGAAGGGGCAGACGGCCUACCAGCGCAAGGGGCUGCCUCAGCUCUUCUGUUCUUCAUCGUGUCUCACCACUUUCUCCAAGAAGCCCUCGGGCAAAAAGACCUGUACCUUUUGCAAGAAGGAGAUCUGGAACACCAAGGACUCGGUUGUGGCGCAGACUGGUUCAGGAGGCUCCUUCCAUGAGUUCUGCACAUCUGUCUGCCUCUCCCUGUAUGAGGCCCAGCAGCAGCGCCCGAUCCCCCAGUCUGGGGAUCCUGCCGAUGCCACUCGCUGCAGCAUUUGCCAGAAGACUGGAGAGGUCCUGCACGAGGUCAGCAAUGGCAGCGUGGUGCACCGGCUCUGCAGCGAUUCUUGCUUCUCCAAAUUCCGGGCCAACAAGGGACUGAAAACCAACUGUUGUGACCAGUGCGGGGCUUACAUCUACACCAAGACCGGGAGCCCUGGGCCCGAGCUCCUCUUCCACGAGGGCCAACAAAAGCGGUUCUGCAACACAACCUGCUUGGGGGCGUACAAGAAGAAAAACACACGUGUGUACCCAUGUGUCUGGUGCAAGACCCUGUGUAAGAACUUUGAGAUGCUAUCACAUGUGGAUCGUAAUGGCAAGACCAGCUUGUUCUGUUCCCUGUGCUGCACCACCUCUUACAAAGUGAAGCAGGCAGGGCUCACCGGCCCUCCCCGACCCUGCAGCUUCUGCCGCCGCAGCCUCUCUGACCCCUGUUACUACAACAAGGUUGAUCGCACAGUCUACCAAUUCUGCAGCCCCAGCUGCUGGACCAAGUUCCAGCGCACAAGCCCUGAGGGGGGCAUUCACCUGAGCUGUCACUACUGCCACAGCCUCUUCAGUGGCAAGCCUGAGGUCUUGGACUGGCAGGACCAGGUGUUCCAAUUCUGCUGCCGCGAUUGCUGUGAGGACUUCAAGCGGCUUCGGGGUGUGGUGUCCCAGUGUGAGCAUUGCCGGCAGGAGAAGCUCCUGCAUGAGAAACUCCGAUUCAGUGGGGUAGAGAAGAGCUUCUGCAGCGAAGGCUGUGUGCUGCUGUACAAACAGGACUUCACUAAGAAGCUGGGAUUGUGCUGUAUCACUUGUACUUACUGCUCCCAGACCUGCCAGCGCGGAGUCACUGAGCAACUGGACGGCAGCACCUGGGACUUCUGCAGCGAGGACUGUAAGAGCAAGUACCUGCUGUGGUACUGCAAGGCUGCCCGGUGCCAUGCCUGUAAGCGCCAGGGGAAGCUGCUGGAGACCAUCCACUGGCGUGGGCAGAUCCGUCAUUUCUGCAACCAACAGUGUCUGCUGCGCUUCUACAGCCAGCAGAACCAACCCAACUUGGAUACCCAGAGUGGGCCUGAGAGCCUCCUGAACAGUCAGUCUCCUGAAUCAAAGCCCCAGACACCCUCUCAAACCAAAGUGGAGAAUAGCAACACCGUGAAGACUCCAGAGGAAAAUGGGAAUCUGGGCAAGAUCCCUGUGAAGACCCGAUCUGCUCCCACUGCUCCCACCCCUCCUCCACCCCCACCGCCCCCAGCAACACCCCGCAAAAAUAAAGCUGCCAUGUGUAAGCCACUGAUGCAGAAUCGGGGGAUCUCCUGCAAAGUGGAGAUGAAAUCCAAAGGGAGUCAGACAGCAGAAGAGUGGAAGCCACAGGUGAUCGUGCUGCCCAUCCCAGUGCCCAUCUUUGUGCCAGUGCCUAUGCAUCUAUACUGCCAGAAAGUCCCGGUGCCUUUCUCAAUGCCUAUCCCGGUGCCUGUGCCCAUGUUCCUGCCCACUACCUUGGAGAGCACAGACAAGAUUGUGGAGACUAUUGAGGAGCUGAAGGUGAAGAUCCCUUCCAACCCCUUGGAGGCCGACAUCCUGGCUAUGGCAGAAAUGAUUGCAGAAGCUGAAGAGUUAGACAAGGCCUCAUCUGACCUUUGUGAUCUUGUGAGCAACCAGAGUGCAGAGGGACUUCUGGAAGACUGCGACCUGUUUGGACCGGCUCGAGAUGAUGUCCUGGCCAUGGCUGUCAAGAUGGCCAAUGUCUUAGAUGAGCCUGGGCAAGACUUGGAGGCGGAUUUCCCCAAGAAUCCUUUGGACAUUAACCCCAGCGUAGACUUCCUCUUUGAUUGUGGCCUGGUAGGGCCUGAGGAUGUGUCUACUGAACAAGACCUACCCCGAACCAUGAGGAAGGGUCAAAAGCGACUGGUGCUGUCGGAGAGCUGUUCCCGGGACUCCAUGAGCAGCCAGCCUAGCUGUACUGGACUCAACUAUUCCUAUGGCGUCAAUGCUUGGAAGUGCUGGGUGCAGUCAAAAUACGCCAAUGGAGAAACCAGCAAGGGUGAUGAGCUGCGCUUUGGCCCCAAACCUAUGCGUAUCAAAGAGGAUAUUCUGGCCUGCUCAGCUGCUGAGCUCAACUAUGGUCUGGCCCAGUUUGUGAGAGAAAUCACUCGACCCAACGGCGAACGAUAUGAACCUGACAGUAUCUACUACCUGUGUCUUGGCAUCCAACAGUACUUGCUGGAAAAUAACCGAAUGGUGAACAUUUUCACGGACCUUUACUACCUGACUUUCGUUCAAGAACUCAACAAGUCUCUGAGUACCUGGCAGCCCACACUCCUCCCCAACAAUACCGUGUUCUCCCGAGUGGAGGAGGAGCACCUCUGGGAGUGUAAGCAGCUGGGAGUCUACUCGCCCUUUGUCCUUCUCAACACCCUCAUGUUCUUCAACACUAAGUUUUUUGGGCUGCAGACAGCUGAGGAACACAUGCAGCUCUCCUUCACCAAUGUGGUGCGGCAGUCCCGCAAGUGUACCACCCCUCGGGGCACCACCAAGGUGGUGAGCAUCCGCUACUACGCCCCAGUUCGCCAGAGGAAAGGGCGAGACACGGGUCCUGGGAAACGGAAGAGAGAAGAUGAAGCCCCUAUCUUAGAGCAGCGUGAGAACCGCAUGAAUCCCCUUCGCUGCCCUGUCAAGUUCUAUGAAUUCUAUCUCUCAAAAUGUCCUGAAAGCCUCCGGACUCGCAACGAUGUGUUCUACCUGCAACCUGAGCGGUCCUGCAUCGCUGAGUCACCUCUCUGGUACUCUGUGAUCCCCAUGGACCGCAGCAUGUUGGAGAGUAUGCUCAAUCGCAUUCUGGCUGUGCGUGAGAUAUACGAGGAGCUGGGUCGUCCUGGGGAGGAAGACCUGGACUGAGCCCAUGUGCUAUCCGUAUCCAUCUUUCACACCGGUGUCUGUCCUGUGGCCACAUCCCACAGGGCAACUGGUCCAGGAACCAAUGCUACUCAUUCUGAAGGGCCCUGACUGCCCUUUUCUACUCAUCCAUUCCCUGCCUUCCCUAGGAACCCCUGGCUUUUACCUUCUUCCGUACCACUUGACAACCACGGGGCCCCAGUCCUCUGUAUUCAAGGGCUGGUCUCCCAGUGAUGGGCAAAAGCCAGCUAGGCCAUUUUCUUUAUGCUUCAGAGUAAGCCCCUUCUCCUGGGGCCAGACUCUGGGUAGAGUGUUAAUAGCUCUGGUGAUCCUGUUGGCUUUGGGUUUCCUGACCCACCUCACAUAGGUAAAGCCCCUUGUUCCUAGGUUUGGCCAAGGGAAGAACCCAGCUGCCUUCUCUGCCCUGUGCCCACUCCCUUCUUUACUCUUCCCCAGCAUCACACUCAAGAGUCUUGUAUGAAAGAUACGAAAGAAACUAUGGAAUUAACGAGGGGACCAUUUACCUAAAACACAGAGCUUAGACACUCUUCCCCUCCUGUGAGAUAACUGGUUGUUGGAACCCCCUUGCCACCUUGUUCCCCCUCCCCACUCCUGCAAGCACCAACCCUUGGUGCUGCAAUUAAAAAACUUCCAAAUGCUUUCUUUUCCUCAAAGGCAGAGAAUGACUCUAAGUAUGGGAAGCAGACUCCUGUCCCCUUGGUUUAUGUGUUUGUCUCUCUCUGCCAUCUUAGGUUGGCAUGAGCCAUGGUGUCAACAUGCUUAGCCCCUUUCUGUAACUGCCUCCCUUUAGUUCAAUGGACAGAGUUCCCAAGGCAAAAACUACCUUCUGACUUGGGUUGGGGCUGGGUUCCCCGCUCUCGUUCUUCCCCCAUCAUAAGAGCCAGGCCAAGCCUGUGGGGGCCCUGGGUCAUGCAGGAUGGGAUCUGUGGUCAAAAGAUAGGUGAGGAGCUGUGGGCAUGGGUCUGCCCCAAUUGCCUACAUUUUCUCUCUUCCCCAUCUUGCCUUUGUAGUUCCAGACAACUAUUAGAGUCCGGCAAAGGGGGUACCCAGUUCUUUCCCUGUUGGCUUUGCUGUUCCCCAGCCUCCUUUUUGUGUUUCUAUAACUGUCACCAGUUUAGCCACUGUUUAAAUUGUAUAUAUUGUCCUGAGGCGCCUGGCCUGUCCCUUCAGUGAGCCAUGCCCGCCCUUGUGUUCUAGUGAGAAGCUGUUGUCACGACUAACCUUCUGUCUCUGGAAUUGUUUGUUUCAAAUAAAGAGUUAAAAUAG